AAAUAACAUGAUGUUCUUUCCACUUUUUGUAACCUUUCUUAUCAUCAUUCUCAGUUUCAUUCUUUCUAAAGCCAAAAAGAAUGGAAAAAACAUUCUGCCACCAGGUCCUAUAGGAUUGCCAUUCAUUGGAAAUUUGCAUCAAUUUGAUAGUUUAACCCCUCAUCUUUAUUUUUGGAAACUUUCCAAGAAAUAUGGCAAAAUCUUCUCAUUGAAAUUUGGUUCUUCUAGUGUGGUAGUAAUUUCUUCAGCAAAUCUAGCAAAAGAGGUAACCAAAACACAAGAUUUAGCAUUUUGUAGCAGACCUUUUCUUCUUGGCCAGCAAAAAUUGUCUUACAAUGGUCACGAUAUUGCCUGUGCACCUUACAAUGACUAUUGGAGAGAAAUGAGAAAAAUUUGUGUUGUUCAUUUAUUUAGUCUCAAGAAAGUGCAAUAUUUUAGUCCAAUUCGUGAAGAUGAAGUCUCUAGAAUGAUCAAGAGAAUAUCUCAACAAGCUGCCACUUCAAAAAUUACCAAUUUGAGUAGUAUAGUGAUUUCACUAACAACUACAAUUAUUUGUAGAGUUGCUUUUGGUGUUAGGUAUGAUGAAGAAACACGUGAAAGGAAGAAAUUUGAUGAAGUUUUAAAAGUGACUGAGGAAAUGUUGGCAGGCUUUUUUGUCUCUGAUUACUUUCCUCUCUUAGGACGGAUUGAUAAACUCUCUGGAAAGAUAAAUAGACUUGAGAAGAAUUUUGAGGAUUUGGAUGAGUUUUAUGAAGGACUCAUUGAGCAGCAUCUCAAUCCCAAUAGGCCAAAAUCCAUGGAUGGAGAUAUUAUUGAUCUUUUGCUCCAAUUGAAAAAAGAGCAAUCAACUCCAAUCGAUCUCACUUUGGACAACAUAAAGGGAAUUCUCAUGAAUAUACUAGUUGGUGGAACGGACACUAGCGCAGCUACAGUAAUUUGGGCAAUGACAGCUCUGAUUAAGAAUCCAAAAGCCAUGAAGAAAGUCCAAGAAGAAAUCAGACAAUCAAUUGGGAACAAAGGUAUUGUGAAUGAAGAUGAUGUCCAAAACAUGCCUUAUCUCAAAGCAGUGAUAAAGGAGACAUUUAGAUUAUAUCCUCCCGUUCCACUCCUAGUGGCAAGAGAAACAAUGCAGAAAUCCAUACUACAAGGUUAUGAAAUUCAACCAAAAACUAUAAUAUAUGUCAGUCCUUGGGCUAUUGCAAGGGAUCCUGAAAUAUGGGAAAAUCCAGAAGAAUUUUUACCCGAGAGAUUCUUGAAUAGCAGUAUUGAUUUCAAGGGCCAAGAUCAUGAGUUGCUUCCAUUCGGAGCAGGCCGGAGAGGUUGCCCAGCUAUUGCACUUGGUGCUGCGACGGUGGAUCUCAUACUUUCAAAUCUUCUUUAUGCAUUUGAUUGGGAAUUGCCUUGUGGAAUGAAGAAAGAAGAUGUUGACACCGAUGUUUUGCCUGGACUUACUAUGCAUAAGAAAAAUCAUCUUUGCCUUCUCCCUAAAAAUUAUCUUUAGACUAGCUAAAUCUAGUCAUAACGUAAGUUUUAUUAUAUCCGUUAAUAAAUGAGUAGUGUGUUUCCCCAUCACCUAUGUUUAAUUAGAUGGUAUG